AUGAAGUUCCCAGAAACUGGCCAAGGGGAGCCCCUCUCUUCAUACAUGGCAGAGAAGCCACAUAAAAACCCAGAAUUCAUUCACUGUGGCCCUCUCGACAAUGUUAAGAUCGACAAACGCGUACGAAUUUUUCUUGGGGGUAGCAUAGAGAUGGGAAAAGCACCCGAUUGGCAAACCGCAUUUGCCGAUAAACUCGCAUUUCUUCCUGUGGCUGCGUUCAAUCCCCGCCGAAUUCAUUGGGACCCUGAUUGGAAACAAGACAUCAAGGACAAAAAUCUCCUUCAUCAAAUGGAUUGGGAAAUGACGAAUCUCGACAAGAGUGAUCUCAUCAUUCUUUACUUUCAUCCCAACACUAUCAGCCCCGUUUCACUCAUGGAACUGGGUCGCUAUUCUCAGUCUGGGAAACUGAUCGUCUGCUGUCCUGAAGGAUACCACCGGCGUGGGAACGUUCAAUAUCUCUGCAAGAAAGACAAUGUAACGUUGCUUGACGAUUUUGACGACCUAGUUAAAACGUCUAUUGAGAAGCUUCAGGAACUAGCGGGAAAAGGUAGUGUGAAGGAAUGUCACAGCAUAUGGCGCUUACUGUCUGGAAUGUGGACAGCCUUCAUAGUGGCAGCACGGCGACCUGUGGUCGUCGACCGUGCAUAG